AUGAGCAACAAGAAACUAGUUGGCAAUGAAAGUAAUAGUGAAUCCAUUGAUACAGAAUCAGAUAUUGAUCUUGACAAUUAUGAAUAUUAUGAUAACCAUAAUAGAGAUAUUGAUUUUCUAAUAGAAGAUUACAUAGAUUUAAAUAAUUCUUUAUUUAAUUAUGAAGGUAGUAACAAAAAUGAAAUUGAUAUAAGGCCUGAUGGAUAUGAGAAACAAUUUAGAUUACAUUGUCCAAGAUGUAAUCUUUUGAUUGCUUACGAAAUGACAGAGAGACGUAAAAAUGGUCAAUACACUUAUAUUGUUGAGGGAAGUUUAACUGAAAAUCAAGGUGUUAUUCCACACGAAUCCAUUUUGGAUGAUUAA